AUGAAUGAAAAAUUGUAUACUUUAAUCACUGAAAAUGAUCCGUCCAAUGAACUCGAUAUAUAUCUGAAAUCAUUGCCCAAUAUUAAACAGAUCCUUGAGACAGUAUACCAAGUGAACAAUGAACAUAUUAGUUUAUUAAUGUUGGCUGCUUGCCAUGGGCACGAUGCAGUCGUACAAACAAUACUUUCGCACGCAACUGACAUGGAAAGAGUAGUGGAACUUUCUGGAAGAGUAAGUAACUCGAACGAAGCUUUGAUUUUGUUUGCCACCGCAUUAUGGUGUGCGUGUGAUCGACGUCAUUAUACCGUAGCUCGUACAUUGAUUGAAGUAGCAAAAGCAAGAAUAGACAAUGGUCCUAAUGAUUCGAUAUUAUUCGACGCUGUGAUAGAACAACGUCUGGAUACAGUUCAAUUCUUGGUGGAAAACGAGUUUAUUCACAUCGAUAGAACGCGACAGACAAAUAUUCCUUAUCACAAUAGUCUCACAAUAUCGGCCACUUUAGGUCGAACAGAUAUCGUUGCAUAUCUUGUUGGUAAAGGUGCGAACAUCGAUUUAAUCAAUGAGUUCGACCAUCAAACAGCUCUGCAGUAUGCCGCUUCCUUUGGAAAUUUCGAUGUGGUAAAGUUAUUGUGUACAGCUGGUGCUUCGACAAAUGUGAAAAACCGCCAACAAGAUACACCGCUACGAUUAGCGUACAAUAAGACAGAUUUCGAAAUAGUUGAUUAUCUGUUUGACUUGACUGAUGAAAAACUGACGUUCGAAGAACUUGAAUUAAUGAUAUGUUUAUAUUUUCCACCGAUAACACAGUUAAUCAGAGACCAAGCUUUGUUUUCGAUUUUGGUUCGUCUACUGAAAAGAGUAUUGCAGAUGAGAAAGGAGAAAAGGUGUUUGAAAUCAGCUGGAAAACCGAUCAUUGCUUACAAUUAUCAACAAGAAUGUCAAACUAUCGAAGAAUUUGACGAAAUUCAACAUGAUUAUGACCGUGUCUAUAUUGAAGUAUUGCUAAUACAAGAGCGUAUUUUGACACCGAUGAGAAAGAGAUCUGUAUACAGGUCUUUAUCUAGUUAUGGAAAUCAUUUGGUAAAACGCGGUGAUUUCGAGUUUUGUCUUCACUUAUGGGAACAUACAUUUUACUUAUAUCAAAGUAUGGGUUAUGAAACAAGUCUUCCUUGUUUUCUAUGGGCCUUUUGUGAAAUGAUUACACAACGUGUACCUAUUCCUUCAGAACUAUUUUUAAGAAUUUGUCGUCUGACAUUAGAACCAUCACAGCAAACUAAAAAUGAUUCAUGCGUUAAAAACGCGGUCUACUUUGUUGCACUCGCCAGUCAGGUUCUUGAACAACCCAAUUUAACUAAAAUGGAACGCCAGUUGAUUAUGCAAUGGGUCAAUAGAAUUUGUCGAUGCCAACGUACAACAACGCAGGAAGAAACGUUGCUUCAUUUGUGUGUCAAUAGGCAAACUUAUUUCGAUAUUUCGUACCGACCAUAUACAAUUAGACAGGUUCUCAAAUUCCCAAGUUUGAAAACAGUUCAACUUCUUAUCGCCAGUGGCACACAGUACAUCGAUCUGAAUGCGGUUGAAAAAGUUAAUGGUAACACAGCUCUUCAUAUUGUUUCUCAAAGCGAUUCAGAUGAGACUAUACCAAUUGCCAAAUUUCUGAUCGGUGCUGGUGCACAUAUCGAUUGUCUGAACAAACGUAACGAAACACCAUUUGAUUGUGCUACGACCUUCGAAAUGAAAUGGUUUCUGCAAAGUCAAGGAGUACCACUUCGACUGAAAUGUAUUUGUGCACGACAUCUUGCAAAUAAUCAGCAAUUGAACUAUUUGUUCAGAUGGCCUCUGAGAACACCAUUAAACACUUUCAUCUAUUUGCAUGGUGGUAUAGCCAGAGACACUUAA